UUUAAUGAGGAAGAAAGUGAUAUAUUGAAAUAAAACGGUGCAAAAUCAAAAUCCCCUUGAAUAGGAAGACUAAAAACUUAAACAAUCCAUCAUCUUCUAGAAGUGAGACAAGCCGCAAAAUUGGCCACUGAAGUGGAAACAUGGCGACUCUUUCUUCCUCUACUCUAUCGUCUAUUCAUCGUGCCCUAAAAAGGCCGUCUUUCACUUCUAUCCCUCCAAAUCCUUCAUUUCUUUCUUUCACUCUUUCAGCACCCAAUUUCUCAUCCAUUUCAACCCUAAAUUCCGACCGGAAGCAAGUUUCUAUGCUUCAAUCUUCUGCAACUCGUACCCCUGCCACUGCACAACCCGUCGCUCCUCUAACCCUGAAAUCCCGCCUCAGGAAUGGCGACACGCUCUACGGGAUUUUCCUCCUCAGCUUCUCCCCCACUCUCGCUGAGAUUUCCGGCCUCGCCGGUUACGACUUCGCCGUCGUAGACAUGGAGCACGGCCACGGCGGGAUAUCCGACGCCCUCCCUUGCCUCCGCGCCCUCGCCGCCACUCGCACUCCGGCCAUCCUCCGCGUCCCCGAAUCCUCCGACGUCUGGGCGAAGAAGGCCCUCGAUCUCGGCCCGCAGGGGAUCAUGUUUCCGAUGAUCGACAGCGCCAAAUCGGCCCGGAAGGCCGUUUCCUACUGCCGAUUCCCCCGCAGCGGAAUCCGCGGGUCGGCGCAUACGGUGGUUAGGGCUUCGGGCUACGGAAUCAAUGGAGAGUAUCUGAGAAAUUACGAGGAGGAGCUGCUUAUAAUGUGCCAGGUGGAGUGCGAGAGCGGGGUGAAGAAGAUCGGGGAGAUCGCCGCCGUGGAGGGCGUCGAUUGCGUCCAGAUGGGGCCGUUAGAUCUGAGCGCUUCUUUGGGGUACCUGUCGGACCCGGGUCACGAGAAGGUGAGGGAAGUGUUGAGGAAGGCGGAGAAGGCGGUGCUGGAGACGAAUCCCGGCGGAGGAAAUGGGGCGUACUUGGCGGGGUUUGCAAUGCCGCAUGAUAAGCCUGAGAAGAUGAAGGAAAGAGGGUACCAUAUGGUGUCUGGAACUGUCGAUAUCGGUUUGUUUCGGGCGGCAGCUGUGGAAGAUGUGAAGAAAUUCAGGAACAGUUUAAUGGCUGAAACAAAUUCUGAGUAAGGUUAAUGCAGUUGUAGUUCUUAUGGUCUGUUUAGUUCCAUAUCUAACUUUGUUCACUACUCCGAAUUUCCAGUGUUAGCUUUGGGGUUUUAAACUUUUGAGAGAUUGUUUCAUCAUUCAAAAACUAGACCGGACCGGACCUGAGACCCGAUUAUGAUAUUUUAUGGCUUAUUAUUGUCAUGUUACAUCCACAUAAGAUAAUCUCAAAUAAUCUCCAAACCAAUAAAUUUCUACUCA